UUCUUUAAGACCUCUAUAUACAAAUAUCCCACAUAAAUAAACAACUGACACCUAAAUCCGUACCUCUCUAACGAGUAAAUAAGAUAAACAUUACCAUACAAUAACAACAUAGAUCAUGCACUUUGAGCACCAUCGGCAGUAUCCCUGUGUGCGUGCACCUUACGCCGGCGCAUGCGCCCACUGCACCGAUGCAACGCACACAUGCACAGCUCCACGGUCCGCUACCCCCGUAUAUAAACCUAGUUCUAUCUAGCCUUGAACUUCACUUCAGCACGGCCGCAACCGAAACACGCCGUAUUCAACCCCAGUUACAACUAGAACCAACCCUUGUUCGUAAACGUGAUUGGACUACGGUGUCAGUGAACAAACUAUGUGUUGAUUUGAACUGUGUUGAUUGGUGUCUACUGAUACACGUGAAAAUGAUGACCUUAUUGCAAACCAUACGGCUACUAGUCAUAAUACAAGUGAUACAAACCACCCGCUGUCAAGAUGGAUUCGGCGAGCAGGACCUCCUCCGCUUCCAACAAAUGGCCUCCAACGACGGCCAACUCGGCUCCCUCACCGGCUUCAACAGCCUUCUACAGAGAGACCCAAACACGCAGACUAUGAGCUCAACAAACCUGCAAUUCAAUUUGAAUGAUGACACAAACAAGAACAACAAUUACGGUCGAUCAUUUUACUCGAGGAGCAAAAAGGUUUACAGAAUAAAGAACCCGUUCCAGCAACAAGUUGAGGAAACUGAAAAGCAACCAGAGAACACUGAAUCGCAAGACAGCGGCGCCGGGGCUAGUAACCAGUAUGCAUCCGUGCAAUACUCCCUGCCCCCAGAGGAUUUUCUCCAGAAAAUGAGAGCAGAGAAUCAAUAUUAUCAGCAGACCCAGAUGUCUACCCCAUCUCCGAAUAUGGGGUAUACAGCAACGCCUCAGCCACAGUACCAGUACUCGACCGUGUCUCAAUCUAAUUAUGAUAAUAAUAACCAACAAAACAAUCAGAUACCUUUAGAGCCUAAAGCAUCCCACGGACAAACUUACCUGUCUACUCCAAGUCCGUACCAGUUUAGUACUCCAAACAAUUAUUUAGAUUCGGUACAAAGCACCGCAUCGCCGAUUCCUUCAUUUUUGUCAACACCGCUGAACAAUGGUCAAUAUACUGGGACACCGUCUAGUUCAUACGUUUCCAGCGCUUCUCCAAUGUACUUGUCCAGUUCUUCGAGUUUACAGUCAUAUGUUUCGUCUCCUCUAUCGGUUAUACAAACCGGUUCACCUGACUACAGCAGAGUGACAACAACAAUCGGGAACAAUGCUGUCAGCUACGAUAACAAUGACCCAAACAAAAAAAUGCAGAUAGAUCAUUAUGAUUACGCUGGUAACGGAGUUAGGUACCCAACAAAUAUUCAACAACAAUAUCAAAAUGAGUACCAAUCUACAACAACUACAACAUCUUCACCUUAUCUGGAUCAGUUGCGCGAGUCCUGGCAAAACGCCAUGAACUCCAAUCUAAAUGCAGCAGCCAAAUCCAUGCAGGACACCACAUUCAAUCAAUAUUAUCCCUAUCAAAACCAACAAGAUAACAGAUUUGAAUCAAAUUCUGACAAUCCUAAUAGUGAAACACAUCGUAUAGGGAGCAUGGCAGCAGCCAAUAACCUGUUUGUUAAUUACGCACAACCUGAUAACCAAAUGUUAAAUAAUUUAAAGGUACGGACGAGGGAUCUUGAUCAUGAAACUACUCAAGAGCAUUAUUCUAACGGGGACUUUGGAUGGAAACUGACUGGCAAAAAGCCUUUAAUUGAAUAUAACUCUUAUCCUCCAAGAUACUCUCCAUUAAACACCCAAUCGGAAGGCCAUGCAGUAAGCCAAAUGAAUUUCCAUAUGGAUACAAGUAAACCCUAUAACUACGAUCAAGUUUCUAAGUCAGGUACUGAGGCACUAGAUGAUCAAGAAUUCGCCAAAGCUGCUGCCAAAGCCCACGAGAGAUUGAAACAGCAGCAGCAGCAACAACAGCAACAUCAACAGCAACAGCAACAACAACACCAACAACAGCAGCAACAACAACAAUUCUACGCAAAUAGUAACUAUGGAUUAAAUAACGUCGGAAAUUCUGAUAUAAACAAUGGAGGUAAUGGAUACUACGGGAACAAUGAUAAACAGAAAAACAAAUAUGCAGACAAUCCCUAUUUGUAUAACACACAGAAUGAUCUUAUUACAGCAUCCCCAUACUUCCUAUCAACUCCACGAGAAAAUGUAGAUAACAAACCAAAACAACCUUUUGAUCACGACAAAGCAUUAAAGAAUAUAGUUCCCAUAGAUAUGUCAAAUGUAGUGGGCUCAGAAUCGCCCUUGAAAAAUGGAGCGAAUUUGGAUAAUAAUGGCCGGUAUACUUCAAAUAAUUAUGGUAAAGACCAAUUAGAUCAAAAUGUAAGACAAUAUUUACGCCCCGUUACCGAUUCAUUUUAUAAAGAUAAAAAUGCCAUCUAUGGAUUCAACAUAAAAACAAAGUCAGAUGAUUACCUAUCCUUAGAUAACCUAAAGCAAUUGGAGUCAAACAUUUAUGGUAAACAACAGCAAACACAAGACUCAAAUUACAAUCAGGGCAGUUAUCCUGGAUCCCAACAAGGUCUCAGUUAUUUAUCUCAGCAGUCAAACAACUACCAAGAUAAUUCUCAGUCCCAAAGUGUUCAACAGCAAGGAUUUAUUCGUAAUCAAAAUCAAUUAUCAUCCGACAUUGCAAAUAUCUUGAAAUUUAAUGACAUACCAUACAAAUUAACGCAAAAUUUAGCUAAUGAUGGACAAAAAUUGCAUAACUUCAACUAUGAUCAAAUAGGUAUUCCUACACCUCUUCCUUUGAAAAUCAAUCAAAAUGUCGGUAGCCACCAACUCGACGUCACAUCUAACUUGUUAAGUAAACUAUUGUUAAAUAAGCAGCCCCCUAUGAACAUCAAUAGACCAGAAAUUGAUAGUCAAACUGGCAACUUGCUGUCAACAAUCAAUGGUUUUAAAGUCGCAAAUCCCUUCAAUGUGGAUCUUAAACUAGUAGCAGAAAUGUUGAAAGGAAAACCGACUGUCGAUGAUUCCCACAUGCUGGCAUUAAGAGACCCGUACAACCCAUCUGCUCAUAAAUUUGACCUCUCACAAUUACAGUUUCUACUAAAAAACGAAAACUCUGGUAACAUCGCACCUAUAAAUGAAGGACUCAGUGCACUCGGUGGCAGCUCAUACUUAGAUCUUUAUAACAACGGCAGAUUUCCUUAUCAAGGUGUAAAAUACUCACGAAGUCAAGAGGAGGAAGAAAGCUUACCUAUCGCUGAUGCAUCAAGUACCCACCCAAUAGGAGCAGUUAUAGAACAGGAUGACUCAACUGGCGAAAGGGACGUCAGCGCGACUGCAGACCUCACAGGACAAGGUGACGAUGUAUCUUCAAACUUUGAAGAAACUAGACCGAAAAACCAUUUUUUGUCAGCUUCUAGAACGAUUAACGACAGACAUCGGCACCCAAAUCUGUUGUCAUCUGGUCGUCACUCAUAUCAAAGGAAGUAUCCUAAAGCAGAUGUUGAAGAGCCUUACCCUCUUUUGAAACCUCCUCCACCUGGCAGAGGUAGUCAUAAUAUGAAGAUGGAAAAACAUGGCCGCAGGCGGCGAGUAAACAAACCGAAACUCCUUCGCAUCAUUAAGACUGAGCCGUUAUUUGAGGCCGGUGCAGAGCCCGAAAGUUUAGAAACCUCCGUACCUAUACUGUUAAGACCACCGCCACCAGUUGCCGAAUCAAAGUCAGACAAGGAUGUUGAAGAGGCCACUACGUAGGAUAUAGUAUUGUUAACUUAGAUGUAUUCUCGAACUGACGUACAAUGUUCUGUAUUGUAUUUAUAAUAAUUAUAAGUUGUUAUAUUUAUCUGCCAAUUUUAUUAUAGGUUUUACUCUUUUAACUGUUUUAAAUUACCUUUUCGUUUAUAUGGGAAAGUCGAUGUAAUAUUAAAUCUGGCAUUUAUUUUGUGUGUUGAAGAAUUUAUUAAUUUUAAGUCUUAUUUAAGUUUUGUACAUACACAUAUGUACUCGUAUGUCAUCUAGUGUCUCUAAAUGUAAACAAAUGUAUUGUAAAUAUUGUUGGU